UCAUCUGUGACACGGAUUCAGGUGCCAAUGUUGGGCUUCAACUACUCAUUUGCCCACAUGUGUAUUCUAAAGGAUAAUAAGAUGUGCGCCCUGGAUGAUAUUGUGUAUGUGCUGGAGGAGCUGAGGGCUGCAUGGACCAUCAAUGGCACAGGGAUCGUCAUCAACUACCCAAAUACCUACCUUAAAGAUGGUCAGGAGGUGUUUAUCGGGCACCAGCUCGGAGGUGUCACUCUGCAGAAUAAGAAUCGGGUGAAAUCUGCUCGAGCGAUUCAAAUCACCUAUUACCUGCAAACACGUAACUCCUUGAAUGAUUUGGUGGCAGAGAAAUGGGAAUCGGCUUUCUGCAAAACCGUUGAAAAUUUCCAAAAAUCUCACAAGGAGCUGAAACUCUAUCCGUUUACAUCGUCAUCGCUAAAGGAGGACUUUCAGAAGAGCAGCCAGGUUUCAGAGUGGUAUCUGGUGACUAGUUUACUGGUGGUUUGGCUACUGGCCAUGCUGUGCUGUUCCAUGCAAGACUGUGUUCGUAGCAAGCCCUGGCUUGGACUCCUUGGCUUAGUGACAAUGGCACUGGCCACCCUCACAUCAGCAGGGAUCAUCAACUUGAUGGGAGGGAAGUACAACUCUACCUUUCUGGGAAUACCCUUUAUUAUAUUAGGACAUGGGCUCUACGGCAUGUUUGAAAUGCUCUCAUCGUGGAGGGAGACCAUGGAGGAUCAGCAUGUGAAGGAGAGGAUUGCCAAUGUGUACGCUGACACCAUGCUGCCCAUUACACUCACCACUGCCAUGUACAUGGUGACAUUUGGCAUUGGCGCCAGUCCCUUCACUAAUAUAGAAGCAGUGAAGGAGUUCUGUGUGAACACAUGCAUAUCCGUGCUUUUUAACUACCUCUACCUGAUGGCAUUCUAUGGCUCCAAUCUGGUCUUCACUGGUUACUUAGAAAAUAAUUACCAGCACAGUCUCUUUUGUAGAAAAGUGCCCAAGCCAGAUGAUCUGCAAGCAAAACCCGCCUGGUAUCGGUUUAUCAUGAUGUCCAAAUUCAAUGAGGAGGCAGCCAGCCCAAACGACCCAAGCCCCUAUGAAAGUCAGUUCCUGCUUUGGUUUCUGAAGCAGUACUAUUGCGAUUGGAUUACAAACACUUAUGUCAAGCCUUUUGUGGUUUUGUUUUAUCUGGUUUAUAUCUCCUUUGCCUUAAUGGGCUACCUGCAGAUCAGUGAAGGGUUGGACCUCAGCAACGUCGUAGCCACUGAGUCUCGAACUGUCUCGUAUAGUACCGUCCAGCAGAGAUAUUUCAGUAGCUACAGCCCCGUCAUCGGCUUUUAUAUUUAUGAACCCAUCGAAUACUGGAAUGCCAGCGUUCAGGAGGAUUUGUUAGAAAUCACUGGGGGCUUUGUCAGAAUUUCUUGGUUUGAAACAUACUUAAAUUACCUUAAAAGAUUGAAUGUUACCUCUCCCGUGUCUCGUAGCUACUUCCUAGAGACCCUGCGGAAUUCCUUCCUAAAGACGCCGCAGUAUUCCCAAUUCUCCGAUGAUAUCAUACUGGUGAGGAAGGUCAACAAUGAGCUGGAGGUGGUGGCCUCACGCAUGUAUCUCGUGGCCAAGACAGCGGAAAACACCAGGGAAGAGAUUUAUGAUCUGCUGGAGACACUGAGGAAACUGUCCCUGACCUACAAAGUGAAAUUCAUGAUUUUUAACCCAUCGUUUAUUUACAUGGACCGGUAUGCUUCGUCGGUGGGAGCGCCCCUGCAGAACUCGUGCAUCAGUGCCCUCUUUGUCCUCUUCUUCUCCGGUUUCUUGGUGGUGAACCCCCUGCUGAACAUUUGGCUCAGUCUGACUGUGGCCUCAGUGGAGUUUGGAGUCGCUGGCUUUAUGAGCCUGUGGGAUGUGGAACUGGACUGUAUCUCCGUCCUCUGCUUAAUUUACGGGAUAAACUACACCAUCGACAAUUGUGCACCGUUCCUGUCGACAUUUGUCCUGGGUAAAGACCUGACAAGGACGAAGUGGGUUAAAAAUGCUUUAGAACUGCAUGGAGUGGCCAUUUUGCAGAGCAAUUUUUGCUACAUGGUUGGUAUAAUCCCCCUCAGUUCGGUGCCUUCGAACCUGAUCUGUACACUAUUCAGGUGUCUGUUUCUUAUAGCCCUUUUCACCUUUCUCCACUGCUUUGCCAUUCUGCCCGUGGUCCUGACCUUUGUUCCGCCUUCCAAGAAGCAGGUGGAGAGGAAGAGCCCAGAAAACCACAGCGAGGUCGAGUGCAUGGAGAUGGUGGACUUGGAUGGCACCCGGGUGGUCGACCACAUCACCUCAGUCUGAUUGGCGCAAUGCAGCCAGGCGAUGCGGAGAGAGACGGAAACAGAGAAAGAGAGAGAGAGAGACAGAGGGAAGAGGGGGAUCAUGUGAACGUAUAGGUGGGAUGGGGGAAAUGGGCUAAUGGAAUGGAACUUCAUUGAUGGGGUUGGGGAAGGAUUAGAGGGAGAUGUGGCAGAUACGCCAAGGAGAAAGGGGGAAAAAUGUCAGUGGGAAGUAAACUUGAUACCUCCUGGAGGCACAGAGAGAGAGGCAACAGGUCUAUUUUGGGGUUCAUGGUCCACAUGGACCUCCUCCCACCUUACCUCCAUCUCACCUUAUCAACACGCCCAUCUAUUCCUUUGUCUCACAUGCACACACAUCUGGCUUCCUCAGUUUACCACAACCACUCACUGUGGGAGCGAGUUCUUCAUUCUCACCACUCUCUGAGUAAAGAAUCACCUCUUCGAUUUUAUUCGUGACUCCCUUAUGUUUUACGGCCCGUAUUUCUGGACUGCCCCAAAAAUCAAAACAUGUUCUCUACAUGUCAACCCUGGGGAACCCCCUUCAGAGUUUGUUCAGCCUAUUUGGAGCCACCCAGGGUACUGAGGCUAUAACAGGAAUGUGCUGCUCAAUGUUCAAGGACAAUGUGGCGACAGAGCAAGGGAGCUGCAUGCAUUGAAAUGAUUCAUCUGCCCAUUUGCACUCUGCUGAACUGGGAUUUCCAUAUGAGAGCUGGAUGGUCUAAAGGCGUUGUUGGCCCUGAUAAACUAGAUGUUACCUGCACCAUCAGAAUCCUCUGGGUAAAGUUAAAUAUCCAUCUGAACCUUGCAUAGGAAGAUCAUUGGAUUAUUGAAUGAUACAGAACGGAAGGUGUCCACUUGGCCCAUCACGACUAUACCAGCUCUUUGAAAGAGCUAUCCAAUUAGUCCCACUUUCCUGGCCUUUCCCUAAAGAGCUACCCAAUUUAGUCCUAAUUCUUGGCCUUUCCCUAAAGAGCUACACAACUAGUCCCACGUCCCUGACCUUUCCCUAAAGCACCUUCAAAUGGUUACUGUUCAAACCUUUUUCCAACUCCUGUUUGUUGUUAAACCUGCUUCUGCCACCUUACCAGGCAGUGCUUUCCUCAUCACUGUAACUCACUGAGUUAAACAAUUUCUCCUCACCUCCCCCUGUGCUUCGUGUGCCCAUUGUCUUAAAUCUGUGUCCCCUGGGCACUGCCCCUCCUGCUAAUUAUUUACCUUGUUCAAAUUUAAGGUAAAGUAUGAAAUGCCCAUUCAAAACAAAACAAAACAGGGGCUAACACAAGGCUCAUCAAUGGAUCUUUUAUUGACGAACACCCUGCCCACUCCUCCCUCUCCCUCUUCUUCCCAAGUUUGACCUGAGCUACCCAGUGAUCUAGUCUCAGGCUACGGUCAGACCUGAAACCUGGUUUAGAUUCCUCUCUUCAGCUGACAGAGACUGGAUGGACUGUAGAAUGAACGGGACACUUUGCUGCUUUGCUCUAGGCACUCGGCUCCAAGAAGAGCGAUUGAACAGAGACCCAGUCUGAUAAUUUACCAGGUGCGUGCAAGGUGAUUCCCCCUUACGAGAUGUCACUUCAAGGAGGCAGGCACUUUAACUUCCAAUCUAUUCUCAAGCAAAUUUGAUUGUUCGCUAAAUGUAUCUUACCUCAUUCUCCUGCACAUCGCUGUGAGCACACCUCAAGGAGCAAGGAAUGUUGUCCUGGAUUUGAGACAGUAAACAGAUUGAGGAGAAAUAAUGAGACAGUAUUCAGUCUAGGUUCUCAAUUUUGCACAACCCUCACACCGAUACUUCUCUUUUUAGUUGAGCUGACAUUUCAUUGGCGAGGAAUCCUGUCAUGGAUCGAUGCAAAUUGUAUUUGACACCAAUCAUGAACAAAGCACAGCUGGUGAUUACUGAUCAAUGUUACACACUGGCCUCCUUAGCAACCUGCUGAAAUUUUUACUAGAGAGUAAAUGUGAACGAUGUACUACACAAUGCUGCUUGGAAUGUACAGGGUGACUUUUGUACCUCUAAGAACCGUCCAUGUGAAAAGCCAUCCCUGGGCCACUCUGAGCAACAGAAUUGCUGGGGGCCAAGAGAAUUCUCACCCAUACAAAGCAAGUGACUGGGAAAAGCUUUCCUGUACCACGACAGGCUUGGAUUAACUUUGGCAUGAAUCCUGUUGACUACCUCUCCAGAGUCUUGGCCACAUAAUCGAGGCUGACAUUACAGUACUGUGCUGCACUGUCAGAGGUGCCAUCUUUCAGAGGAGAUGUUAAACAAAGGCCCUUCUCAGGUGGAUAUAGAAGUCUUCACAGGGCGGCCUGAUGGCUCAAUGGCAGAUGAUGCAGCUGCUAUCCUAUGAACAUAGUGAAGGCAUGAAACACUACUGAAAAUGACUAUUUGUAAACUUGAGCCAGUACUACAGGGUAGGCUGUCCAAGAGCAGCUACUUCAAGUUGCAUGUAGUAAACAUUGGGUAAUUUAUUAGAUUUGCUUCCCGCUUGUUCAUAUAUUUAUGCAGAGAAACGAGUUGAUGUGAGGACCCUUAAUGCUUUUUGUAAAAGUACAAAAAUGUUCCACAAUUGUCUUUUGUUUUCAUGAGAAUUUGAUUUCUGUUUGGAUACCAUGUAGACGGUAAAGGCUUCACAAUGACCAAUGAGGCAUGUUAGGACGUAAGGAAAUGCUGCAAGUGAACAGCUUUUGAUGAGAUCAUUUCUCCUUCAAUGAUGAAAUCUAAUUUCUUUUUAAGGAGAUAACACUUUUUUGCCUAUGAUUACAGGCAGCAUUCCUAAAAUCCAAAUAGUCCCAGCAACUUCCACUUUUUGCUAAUCUGGCUGAGUGUCUGUUCACCGACUCUAUUUGUACCAGAAAUCUUGUGGAACUUCAUCAAAGAUGGUUUGGAAAUCCAAACAUAUUGCAUCUACCACAUCAUCCUUACCUACCCUUUCUGUUACUGCUUCACUGUACACAUUAAAGCUAGUCAAACAUCAUUUUCCCUUUCAAACAUUCCUCUAUUUUCAGCUUUUACCUGCUUUUAUAUACUUGAAAGAAGAUUCUGUUAUCUUUGUUAUCAAUGGCAUCAAGUUAAUUAAUCUAAAGCUGAAUUCUGCCCCUUCUAUCAACAUCCUAAUAGGUUACCACUGGCCAGAAUCUGAACUAGCUAUAUAAAAAAACUCGAAUAAAACUCAGAUAAAAGCAAAAUAUUGCUAAUGCAGAAAAUCUGAAACAAACACAGUGAAUGCUGGAGAAACGCAGCACGUCCAGCAACAUCUGUGGAGAAUAAGCAUCUGAAGUGUUUGAGCUAUAUACACAGUGGCUACAAGAUCAGGUCAGAGGCUAGGAAUACUGUGGUGAGUAACUCACCUCCUGACUCCCCAAAGCCUGUCCACCAUUUACAAGGCAUAAGUCAGGAGCGUGAUGGAAUACUCCUCAAUUGCCUGGAUGAGUGCGGCUCCAAAAGCGCUCAAUAAAGUUAACACCAACCAGGACAAAGUACCACCCCAAACACCACCUUCAACAUUCACUCCGUCCACCACCAAUACUCAAUAGCAGCAGUAUGCACCAUCUACAAAAAGCACUGUAGCAACUCACCAAGCUUCUCCAGACAACACCUUCUAAGCCAAUGACAACUACAAUCUGGAAGGACAAAGGCAGCAGUUACAUAGGAACACCGGCACUUGCAAGUUGCCCUCCAAGCCAUUCACCAUCCUGACUUGGAAAUAUUUUGACGUCGCUGAAUCAAAAUUAAGGAAUUCCCUAACAACCGCUGUGGAUGUCCUUACAUGCCAACGACAGCAGUUGUUCAAGAAGCAGCUCACUACCACUUUCUCCAGAGUAGUUAGAAGUGGUCAAUAAAUGUUGGCUUCGCUCACAAUCCCUGACUUAUUCUAUCUACCUUUUUAAAUUGUAUUUGCCGCCCACUGGUCCUUUGUUAAUGUUCCUUUGUAAUUAGCUUUUAGGUAUAUGUAAGAGUGCCCUUGAGAAGGGAGGUCUGGUGGCACAGGGGGUAGCGUCCCUACCUCUGGGUUCAAAUCUUUCUCAGAGCCAUGGAAGGUUCAGUUAGAGCUUAGUUGAUUAUCAAUGUGUAAAUUCUUUCCCGAUCAGUUAUAUUGCAGGAGGCAAUGGCAAAACACUGGAGCUCUUGUCCAUAUAACCAUGGAUCACAUAGAGAGGUCAUGGACACAAAUACCCUCUUAACACAAAGGCCUGAAGGGAGAGUGAGAGAAUAGUCUCUCUGCUAUCCUUUUCUUCAUUUGGUUUAAUAUGUACAGAGACACACAGUGCAGCCCAGGGGUUUGAUGCUUUCACUAAGUUUGCCUAGUAUAUCAAUUACCUGUGCCCCUUUCUAUCUUAAACAUUGUUUUACAUUUUAUUAAUAUCCCCUUCUUAUGCCAUGUCUGACGAGUUGGUCUCCCUGGUAAAUGCAGGGUUACUAUUUAAUACUUCUGUUUUCUCAAGUCAUACAGCACAGAAACAGACCCUUUGGUCCAUGCUGACCAAGUUUCUCGAAGAAAGCUGGUCCCACUUGUCUGUGUUUGGCCAUAUCCCUUUAAAA